AUGGCCGCUUUGGUGCAAACCAUUCCGCAACAGAGCGGUACCGUACCUGUCCUUCAAACUCGACCAUCUUCGUCUCAUUCUCAGCACCACACCACCAUGUCGUGGGUCGGGGGCUCCGCGAACCCGCGAGCCAAUGCGCCCGUGGCGCCUUACGCGUUCAACUCCACGCCCAACCUCCACCACCACCAUCAACAACAACCACAACACCAGCCUUAUCCUCCCCAUCUGCGUCCAGAGCACCGAGCCCUGUCUGCGCCUGCGGCCCAGAUGCCCGUCUACCACCACUCUCAGCCCCCUCGAUUCGGGAAUCACCCUGCAGCUGGUUCUGUGUCCUCCACCUCCACUCCUUCCGCCUCGUCCACCACCACCUCCACCACCUCUACUACCUCCUCCUCUACAAACACCAACACCACCGCCGCCUCUUCUCUCCGUUCCUACAUGUCCAAGGAUGACUCCGUCCUUCCCUCGAGGAGUCCCCGCAUCGACACCCCGCUCCGUCCCCUGUCCACCGUCAGUCUGCCACCCCCGGCCUUUAUGAGUAUCUCCUCGCCCACCGUCGGCAAGCCCUCCCCCGAUCGAUACCGUCGGGGACCCAGGCGAGUCGAGAGCGGCUCCUCGACCACGGCCGCAACCCCCGGUACGACUGCCGUGGAUGAUCUGGCCAUGCAGAUCAACAACACCGUCAUUACCCCCGCUACUCCUGCCACUGUGACCACCCCGACUCCCACUGAAACAGCAACAGCAACAACAAUAACCACUGCCCCCACCGUCACUGUCAUCCCACGUGUCCAAAAAGGCCAUACCCGCGUCUCCAGUGCGGACGAGGCUCCCAAGUCCGAGAAGUCGCAACCCGAGCUGGCGAAACGAUAUCGACGCCGCAGUUGGGCCACCAUGGACUCGGUCAAUCUGGCGAACGCUCAACUCCAAGUCCCCGGAGCCCGGAGCCCGUCGUUAGGCCCCGCCGAUUUCCACCCCGUCGAACUCCAUCAACCACAACGUCCUGGCUCUGCCCACUCACAGCACGACAGCACAGGCAGCGUCCACUCGACCCACUCGUCAUCCAAUGACUCGCUCGCUCGCGAUUCUCCCGAUUCGACCACCGUCGCCGCCACCGCCGCCGCCGCCGCCGACAAGACGGCCAAAUCGGACACGGGGAAGCGGACACUCGGUCCGUCGCCGCUAUCCCAACCGACCAGCUCGGAACCGGAACAGCAGCCUCAGCCGCAGCAGACCGGAUCCGCCACCCCAUCGUCCACUGAGAAAGCACCUUCGGCCUCGGCCACAGCGACAGCGGUAGCAGGGGACAGUCUGGCGGCUCAGCGGCUCUCGGAGAUCUCCAGGCUCGAGUCCCACAAGGGCAAGUCCCGGCUGCGGCGGGCGUUCUCCUUUGGCAGCUCGUCGGAACUGCUCAAGUCUCAAGAGCAGAGCAAUCAGUUGAGCAGACGGGAAGCGCGGGCGGCGGAGAAGCUGCGUCGCGAGCAACUCAAGGAAGAACUGGGUCCGGAGCAGGCGGCCAUCGCUGAGCAGCAGGAAGCCAGUGGCUUGGGCGAGAGCAUCUACUCGCACCACCAGGGGUUUUUCCACGGCUCGACGGAUAAUAUCUCCAUCUCCUCCACCGCCUCCUCCGCGUCCAUCAUGCUCCGCAAGAUGGGCAAGGGGGUGAAACGCUCCACCCGUUCGCUCGUCGGCUUGUUCCGUCCCAAGUCUAUCGCCAGCGCCUCCCCGUCCGAACCCGUGUCGACCGUUGCCCCUAUGGCUCCACAGCUGUCCAUGGUGAAUAUCGAGGCGGAUCGCAAGGACCUCGCCACCAAUGCCAAUCCACAGGACCUCACCUUCAGUACCAGCGUCUUCUCUAAGGUCGAUCUCUCCUCAUCGGCUCCGGACUCGACUCAUCACCAUCCAGUCGCCGGCGACAAGGUUAACAGCAAUAGCUCCAACAACAACAACAGCAGCAGCAGCAGCAACAACAACAAUAACAACAACAACAACGGCAGCAACUCGCGGAAGAGCAUCGUUGGCGGGGACCGGGAACGUGCAGAGGUGCUGGCGGCGGUGCGCAAAGGAAUUUUGAAGAAGACUCAUUCGGAUCCUGGAGCGACCGCGUCGCCGCGCAUCGACCAUGGCGGUGACUCCCCCCACUCGAGCGCCCCGAGCACCCCAGAAGACCAGAGCCGUCCAGACCAACGACGCCGCGAUUCGAUCAAGAUCGCGGGCGAGGAUUACUUCCUCUCCGCCGAGGGUCGAUUCGCCGGCGCGGAGACCAAGAGUGCCCCCAUCACCCCUCAACCGGUGGCUGGGCGGAACAUUGUCUUCAGCCCCCGUAUCCAGUUCCAUGAGACCUGGCCGAGCGGCGAGUACGAUCGUCGCGGCGAGAUUGCCACCUGCAACCGUCUGACCCCUCUCCUGGCUCAGCAGAUCAAAGAGGAACUCAACACUUUCAAAAUGGAAAUGGAAGUCCAUGAAACCUCCAAGAUCUACACGCACUUCCUUUAA